UAUCCUAUUUGCAGAAUAAAUAAUUUCACUUCAUUUCAGAAGCAAGACUUCUUUGUACUUCAUUCGAAACUCGACUGUCAAUUGUCUUGACUUCUCUACUUGGUGCCAAGGCGUUUUCAAUUAAAAGUUCUUAACUAUUGAUUUCCACCCACUACAGUUAAAAUACUGAAGGAAGUAAAAACUAAUGACUGGUUUCAAAUUAUCCACAACAAUUUGUACGAAUCCAUUAAAAUGUUGGACAUGUUAUGUAAAUUACAUGGCUUUGUUCAUGAUUUUGAAUGACUUGUUCCGGUUCUGUAUAGGGGUAAUGAGCUGCUGUGUGUUAGCCCUUGACUAAUAAGCAGCAAUUAACUGCUGUACGUUAAGUACUAAGUAGAUUUGCGUUGAAUGGAAGUUAAAAUAUGUGGCAUGUUUGUGUUGUGGAGUAAUUCAUGUUACAAGUCGUUAUACCGUAUAUUUUUUAUCCUUUGACAUAGAUCGUAUUCUCACUACUACUAGUCUGCAAUUGCCGAUGUUGAAACUGUUUCUUUGUCUUUCUAGCUUGCUCUCUUAACUCCUGACUCAUAUUUACCAGAAUCAUUAUUUUUAGCAUUUGAAUGUACGUUUCACAUCCCAUUGUAAGUACUAAAACGCAACAAUAUAAUUGUCGCGUCUGCAGUGAAAGUGUUUUCAGCUUAACACGGUGAAAGCGGUCCGCGGUCGUAAGUCCGUGUAUUUUAGGGUUUAUUUGUUCUUUAUUGUCCAAGUUAUCCUCCUACGUGUGAGUCAGGAUUUCACAAGGACUUACCGAAUUUGAUGUUAAUAUGUAGGUUGCAUUUUGAUAGUGGGUUAUAGGUAGGUUAUAGAAAAGCCUUGAUUCUCUUUGCUGGGUAAGAUAUCAAAUUCUUCAUACGUAGCCAUGCCUAUACUGUCCAGAUGUUUUCAAAAUGUGGGCAAUAAUUUAAAAGGACAUAAGUAGGAUGUAUCUUUUCAUUUUAAUGCCCGAUACUUAUUCUAGUUACUUUAGCCUAAUAUAAUCCGGAAAAAUCGUCAUGGAGACCAUGCUUCUGGAAAAGAGUAAAAAAUUGUAAUAUUAUUCUGACUUUAACUAGAUUAAAAUCAUUGUGCCUUUAUUUAAGGAUUGUGGGAACCUAACAAAUAUUAGGUUGUUGAAGUAAAGAACUGUGUGCUUUAAAAGGUGGAGAGGUACCAAUACGGGCAAAAAAAUCCUGAUUUCUUCUCUCUUUAUGGGACCGCAGAUACGCGAUGCAACAUGCCACGAUCUCCGGUAGUGGUCUAUCUAGUUCCUACCUCAACAUGCCUUAGUAUCGCCUCAAAACCCAAAAAUAAACUUUAAUCACCUAACAGCUCCAUAAUCACUUUCUUUUAUAUUUCAAGUGACGUGAUACAAGUCGGACAAGUCUUUACAUAACUUAAUUUCGUCCGAUACACAAUCACAACACUGGUGUCGUUAAAGUUGUGUUAACUUCUGAGUGAGACUGACCUUAGCGCGACCAAUUCAACCUUACCCCCCAAAAUAAUCAGUCCCAUCGCUGGGCUUAAACACAAUGUUCAACAACAUGCAAUGUUUGUACGAGCCGCAGUUGCAGAUUGUUAAGAAAGGAAGAUACCGUCUGCUGGACUCAAGUAAUGGCGUCAACGUCGAAGGCUCGACCCACAGACAAGUGGUCGAUCUCAUCAAGUCCGGAGGCGACUGCCUUACCCUCACUGUCAUAUCUGUCACACAAAGAGAGGCAGAACGACUAGAACCAUGCGACGACGGAUCAGCCCCGGUCGGCGUGAUCGGCGGCGCCGCCAACUCCCGCGCGACGGUCUACCAGAGAUACGACUACACGGACAAGCGCUCCUUGCCGGUCUCCAUCCCGGACUAUCGGCUGGUCAUGGAGAGGAACACGGGGCGGUCCUACGUCGCCUUCAACGUCCACAUGGCCGGCAGACACCUGUGCAGCAGGCGGUAUAGGGAGUUCGCCGCUUUGCAUCAUACUUUAAGGAAGGAGUUUUUAGGUUUUAAUUUCCCCAAACUGCCCGGCAAAUGGCCAUUCACACUAAGCGAACAACAGCUCGACGCGAGAAGGAGAGGUCUCGAACAAUAUUUAGAAAAGGUAUGCGCAGUCCGCGUGAUAGCGGAAUCCGACGCUGUCCAAGAGUUCCUCACAGAUUCCGAUGACUCGUCAAAUCCUACACCCGUAGACCUCAAAGUCCUGCUUCCCGACAAGGAAGUGGUGACCGUCAGCGUACUGAAGUCGACCAACGCCGACGACGUCUACCGAGCCGUCUGCGAGAAGAUCGGCCUCUCGAAAUCCGUGCAGAAGUACUUUUACCUUUUUGAAAUCGUGGAAUAUAAUUUCGAACGAAAACUCCAACCCAACGAAUGCCCACACUCACUAUACAUCCAGAACUACUCAACGGCGUCCAGUAGUUGUCUCUCGAUACGCAAGUGGCUGUUCAACCCUAGAACUGAGAUAUCCGUGGUCGCUGAGGACGCUACGGCCGCUGCAUUCAUCUUCUGGCAGGCGGUGGAGGACGUGAACCGCGGCGUGUGCGUGGCGGGCGCGCGCCUGUACCAGCUGAAGGCGCUGCAGCAGGUGCGGCGCGCGCCCGACUACCUGGCCCUGGCGCGCGCGCUGCCGGGCUACGGCCACGUGGCCUUCCCGCCCGCCCGGACCGACUGCCGCAACACGCCCGCGCUCGCGCUCACGCUGGGUGAGUGGGGAGCUGCUGCAUGUCUGUCUGUACUGUCUGUAGCACUAGGUGCGGCCCGCCCCGGGCUACCUGGCCCUGGCGCGCGCGCUGCCGGGCUACGGCCACGUGGCCUUCCCGCCCGCCCGGACCGACUGCCGCAACACGCCCGCGCUCGCGCUCACGCUGGGUGAGUGGGGAGCUGCUGCAUGUCUGUCUGUACUGUCUGUAGCACUAGGUGCGGCCCGCCCCGGGCUACCUGGCCCUGGCGCGCGCGCUGCCGGGCUACGGCCACGUGGCCUUCCCGCCCGCCCGGACCGACUGCCGCAACACGCCCGCGCUCGCGCUCACGCUGGGUGAGUGGGGAGCUGCUGCAUGUCUGUCUGUACUGUCUGUAGCACUAGGUGCGGCCCGCCCCGGGCUACCUGGCCCUGGCGCGCGCGCUGCCGGGCUACGGCCACGUGGCCUUCCCGCCCGCCCGGACCGACUGCCGCAACACGCCCGCGCUCGCGCUCACGCUGGGUGAGUGGGGAGCUGCUGCAUGUCUGUCUGUACUGUCUGUAGCACUAGGUGCGGCCCGCCCCGGGCUACCUGGCCCUGGCGCGCGCGCUGCCGGGCUACGGCCACGUGGCCUUCCCGCCCGCCCGGACCGACUGCCGCAACACGCCCGCGCUCGCGCUCACGCUGGGUGAGUGGGGAGCUGCUGCAUGUCUGUCUGUACUGUCUGUAGCACUAGGUGCGGCCCGCCCCGGGCUACCUGGCCCUGGCGCGCGCGCUGCCGGGCUACGGCCACGUGGCCUUCCCGCCCGCCCGGACCGACUGCCGCAACACGCCCGCGCUCGCGCUCACGCUGGGUGAGUGGGGAGCUGCUGCAUGUCUGUCUGUACUGUCUGUAGCACUAGGUGCGGCCCGCCCCGGGCUACCUGGCCCUGGCGCGCGCGCUGCCGGGCUACGGCCACGUGGCCUUCCCGCCCGCCCGGACCGACUGCCGCAACACGCCCGCGCUCGCGCUCACGCUGGGUGAGUGGGGAGCUGCUGCAUGUCUGUCUGUACUGUCUGUAGCACUAGGUGCGGCCCGCCCCGGGCUACCUGGCCCUGGCGCGCGCGCUGCCGGGCUACGGCCACGUGGCCUUCCCGCCCGCCCGGACCGACUGCCGCAACACGCCCGCGCUCGCGCUCACGCUGGGUGAGUGGGGAGCUGCUGCAUGUCUGUCUGUACUGUCUGUAGCACUAGGUGCGGCCCGCCCCGGGCUACCUGGCCCUGGCGCGCGCGCUGCCGGGCUACGGCCACGUGGCCUUCCCGCCCGCCCGGACCGACUGCCGCAACACGCCCGCGCUCGCGCUCACGCUGGGUGAGUGGUGAGCUGCUGCAUGUCUGUCUGUACUGUCUGUAGCACUAGGUGCGGCCCGCCCCGGGCUACCUGGCCCUGGCGCGCGCGCUGCCGGGCUACGGCCACGUGGCCUUCCCGCCCGCCCGGACCGACUGCCGCAACACGCCCGCGCUCGCGCUCACGCUGGGUGAGUGGGGAGCUGCUGCAUGUCUGUCUGUACUGUCUGUAGCACUAGGUGCGGCCCGCCCCGGGCUACCUGGCCCUGGCGCGCGCGCUGCCGGGCUACGGCCACGUGGCCUUCCCGCCCGCCCGGACCGACUGCCGCAACACGCCCGCGCUCGCGCUCACGCUGGGUGAGUGGGGAGCUGCUGCAUGUCUGUCUGUACUGUCUGUAGCACUAGGUGCGGCCCGCCCCGGGCUACCUGGCCCUGGCGCGCGCGCUGCCGGGCUACGGCCACGUGGCCUUCCCGCCCGCCCGGACCGACUGCCGCAACACGCCCGCGCUCGCGCUCACGCUGGGUGAGUGGGGAGCUGCUGCAUGUCUGUCUGUACUGUCUGUAGCACUAGGUGCGGCCCGCCCCGGGCUACCUGGCCCUGGCGCGCGCGCUGCCGGGCUACGGCCACGUGGCCUUCCCGCCCGCCCGGACCGACUGCCGCAACACGCCCGCGCUCGCGCUCACGCUGGGUGAGUGGGGAGCUGCUGCAUGUCUGUCUGUACUGUCUGUAGCACUAGGUGCGGCCCGCCCCGGGCUACCUGGCCCUGGCGCGCGCGCUGCCGGGCUACGGCCACGUGGCCUUCCCGCCCGCCCGGACCGACUGCCGCAACACGCCCGCGCUCGCGCUCACGCUGGGUGAGUGGGGAGCUGCUGCAUGUCUGUCUGUACUGUCUGUAGCACUAGGUGCGGCCCGCCCCGGGCUACCUGGCCCUGGCGCGCGCGCUGCCGGGCUACGGCCACGUGGCCUUCCCGCCCGCCCGGACCGACUGCCGCAACACGCCCGCGCUCGCGCUCACGCUGGGUGAGUGGGGAGCUGCUGCAUGUCUGUCUGUACUGUCUGUAGCACUAGGUGCGGCCCGCCCCGGGCUACCUGGCCCUGGCGCGCGCGCUGCCGGGCUACGGCCACGUGGCCUUCCCGCCCGCCCGGACCGACUGCCGCAACACGCCCGCGCUCGCGCUCACGCUGGGUGAGUGGGGAGCUGCUGCAUGUCUGUCUGUACUGUCUGUAGCACUAGGUGCGGCCCGCCCCGGGCUACCUGGCCCUGGCGCGCGCGCUGCCGGGCUACGGCCACGUGGCCUUCCCGCCCGCCCGGACCGACUGCCGCAACACGCCCGCGCUCGCGCUCACGCUGGGUGAGUGGGGAGCUGCUGCAUGUCUGUCUGUACUGUCUGUAGCACUAGGUGCGGCCCGCCCCGGGCUACCUGGCCCUGGCGCGCGCGCUGCCGGGCUACGGCCACGUGGCCUUCCCGCCCGCCCGGACCGACUGCCGCAACACGCCCGCGCUCGCGCUCACGCUGGGUGAGUGGGGAGCUGCUGCAUGUCUGUCUGUACUGUCUGUAGCACUAGGUGCGGCCCGCCCCGGGCUACCUGGCCCUGGCGCGCGCGCUGCCGGGCUACGGCCACGUGGCCUUCCCGCCCGCCCGGACCGACUGCCGCAACACGCCCGCGCUCGCGCUCACGCUGGGUGAGUGGGGAGCUGCUGCAUGUCUGUCUGUACUGUCUGUAGCACUAGGUGCGGCCCGCCCCGGGCUACCUGGCCCUGGCGCGCGCGCUGCCGGGCUACGGCCACGUGGCCUUCCCGCCCGCCCGGACCGACUGCCGCAACACGCCCGCGCUCGCGCUCACGCUGGGUGAGUGGGGAGCUGCUGCAUGUCUGUCUGUACUGUCUGUAGCACUAGGUGCGGCCCGCCCCGGGCUACCUGGCCCUGGCGCGCGCGCUGCCGGGCUACGGCCACGUGGCCUUCCCGCCCGCCCGGACCGACUGCCGCAACACGCCCGCGCUCGCGCUCACGCUGGGUGAGUGGGGAGCUGCUGCAUGUCUGUCUGUACUGUCUGUAGCACUAGGUGCGGCCCGCCCCGGGCUACCUGGCCCUGGCGCGCGCGCUGCCGGGCUACGGCCACGUGGCCUUCCCGCCCGCCCGGACCGACUGCCGCAACACGCCCGCGCUCGCGCUCACGCUGGGUGAGUGGGGAGCUGCUGCAUGUCUGUCUGUACUGUCUGUAGCACUAGGUGCGGCCCGCCCCGGGCUACCUGGCCCUGGCGCGCGCGCUGCCGGGCUACGGCCACGUGGCCUUCCCGCCCGCCCGGACCGACUGCCGCAACACGCCCGCGCUCGCGCUCACGCUGGGUGAGUGGGGAGCUGCUGCAUGUCUGUCUGUACUGUCUGUAGCACUAGGUGCGGCCCGCCCCGGGCUACCUGGCCCUGGCGCGCGCGCUGCCGGGCUACGGCCACGUGGCCUUCCCGCCCGCCCGGACCGACUGCCGCAACACGCCCGCGCUCGCGCUCACGCUGGGUGAGUGGGGAGCUGCUGCAUGUCUGUCUGUACUGUCUGUAGCACUAGGUGCGGCCCGCCCCGGGCUACCUGGCACUGUAUAAAAAAAUCUUUCGGUCCCUGACGAUCCGAAAUGCAUUAUAAUAAGUGAGUUGUGUGAGCAUACUCUUAGUCGAAGACACUUGACAAUUACGCACCUUGGAAGCCACCUCAACGAGCAACGGAUGAGACACCUUGUAUAUACGACGCUGUAU